AGGCCGAGGCAUGGCGCGGGCGAGCGGCACGACGGCGGACGAGCUGGCCAACGCCGCCGCCCGCGGCGACCUGCAGCGCCUGAAGGAGAUGCUGGAUGGCGCGGCGGACCCCAACGCCGUCAAUUCCUACGGCCGGACGCCCAUCCAGGUGAUGAUGCUGGGCAGCCCGCGGGUGGCCGAGCUGCUGCUGCAGCGCGGAGCCGACCCCAACCGCCCCGACCCGCGCACCGGCUGCCUCCCGGCGCACGACGCCGCCCGCGCCGGCUUCCUGGAGACGCUGGCGGCGCUGCACCGCGCCGGGGCGCGCCUCGACCUGCCCGACGGCCGCGGCCGCCUCCCUCUCGACGUGGCGGCGGGGGGUCCCCACGGCCCCGUGGGGCGCUUCCUGCGCCACCCGCCGCCCCACGCCUAGCCUCACACUUGCCAUCCUCCCCCUCCUCUAAUUUAUUACCCGCCCCUGCCUCGGAAGACGCGAAGUCGAGCGGCGUUCAGGCGUUGUAAAUAACGCCCGGAUUGCGUCUCCCCCCCACGUCGGAGGCACGAAGGAACAGCGGGGUUACGUAUUGUUCUGUACGCUUUACUUUGCACGUGUCUGUAUCUUAUCUUGCACUUGAAACCCCACUCCCCUCAACGCCCCCCUCUUUUCAUGCGAGAGGCCAAACACCAUGAAAAGAGAUCAAUAUGAAGGAAAACCCCCACACGGAGAACGCACAAUAAACCCCUCCUGUUUUGACGGGACCGCGUCUGGGUUUUCUGUUACUCUCCUCCUUGGGGCUGCCCACAACCACCA